AUGACGACGCCGCUCGUCUUACUCCCUGGCGAAGAGGUGCCGUCCGACCAAUUGCCUCCAAGCAAAAACAACAAUCCUCUCAAACUGGGUCCCGGACUCCGGCUACUAUCGCAGCCUUCCACAUCAGCGGCGGCCGGCCAUGUCCUCACAGCAACACAAGCCGGUCUAUUGACGACCGAUGCCAAACGAAAUACCGUAUCCCUUCUCUCAUUCUCCAAUCGCCGCUACAUCCCGACCCCCAAUGACCUCAUCAUCGCGCAGAUCCACCAUUCCAGCGCCGACUACUUCCACUGCAUGGUGACUCCACAUACGGCGCAUGCCCUGCUGGGCCAGCUGUCCUUUGAGGGCGCAACGAAGAAAACAAGACCGAUGCUGAAGCAGGGCGAGCUGGUCUAUGCGCGGGUCUUGUCUGUCGGAAUCGGUGCCGGCGCCGAGGUCGAGCUCACCUGCGUUAAUCCCGCCACGGGCAAGGCAGAACCCGGUGGUCUGGGCCCGCUGGUGGGGGGUAUGGUGUUUGAUGUUUCUACGGGUAUGGCAGCGCGGUUAAUCCGAGCCAGCUCGGCCUCGCCGGACCAGACGGACGCCGUCGAGGGACUGGUUGUCCUGUCUGAACUGGACAAGAAGUUGGAGAGCGUGGGAGGAUUUGAGAUUGCGGUCGGGCGGAAUGGGAAGGUCUGGGUGGAUUGCUCGAAUGCUGGAGACAGUGCCGUCCAGGUGACGGUGGCCAUUGGGCGAUGUCUGCAGCAGACGGACGAGGGCGCCCUGAGCACAUCGGAGCAGAAGAAGCUGGUGUCGAGGAUUCUGCGCGAGAUGAAGAUCGGGUGA